GAAGAAGAUGAGAGGAGUCUCCCUGCUGCUCAGGAGUUUGUUGUCUGAGGUGGAUGAUGGAGACAUCGUGACCACAACGGAGACAGUUUUCAACUUUUUAUCUCCUGUUACCUUUUUUCAUUCAGCAUUUUUUGUUGAAUGCACUUUUGUCUGACUGGUUUCUCUGUUGCACUUCUAUAAUCUGUAACUUAAAAUCUGUUUGCCUUAUUAAAACCACAUAUUUCUACUUGUCUGUGUUUGAUUGUUUCUAUGUGAAGGAUCGUACAAUCAGCUGAUCAAUAACCAGCUGGAAGGAAGAGAUCUUUAAUGACACAGGAGGAAUCAUUACUGUAAGAAAGACCUGCUGUAAUGUUGUAUUUGCACCUGAUUACCUGUUUGAACACUCAUGCAUUACAGCACAGGUGGAGUCUGGUGUGCAGGCUGCGCCACCUUGUGGUGGAUGUUAUCAGCUGCUCUUUAAAGAAACACUGACACUGUCUUUUAACAGUCUGGUUGAAGUUUUCUCUCCAGGCAGUGAUGUGAAGUAAAACCAUUUAAACCAUUUUUACUCUGUUGAAUUUUUUUAAUUGUGGAGGAAAUACUCAGAUCUUUUACUUCAGUAAAAUAGUGAAACAACAGUGUAAAAAUAUGAGUACAAGUAAAAGUCCUGCAUUCAGAACAUGACUUCAGUGAAAGCACUUACAUCAAAAUAUAUAUUUAUAUUUAUAUUAAUUAUAAUUAUUGAUGUGUCAAAGGAUAAGUUCACCCAAAGUUUUUUCUUUUUUUUUUUUUUGUUGCGCUGUCAUCAACACUAAUUGUUUUAUUCUGAAAAGUAACCGGAUGUUAUGAUGUUGUUUCCGCGAGUCACUUCCGGUCUAGAAUCCCUGAAUACCAACUGCCGGAAACCGCCGAGGGAGUCCGAGUCCGAGAGUAUGAGGUCAUCGUUUUCAUCACAACAGGUAACAACAAGUCGCUACGUCACGUCUCAUUCACCUACAAAGUAAAAACACCUGCAGGAGAACAGCUACACCCAACUCUGAGGUGAGAUAAAGAUCUCUGGAUCAGACCGUACGUGACUGAGAAUGGGUGGAGAAAGAGGCGAGUUGACACCAAGCCCUGGAGAAAGUGAGGAAAAGUCAAAAGAGGACAGACUUAAUUUAAAAGAAGGACGAUCUCUCGACAGGUCAAGAGAGGCCAGAAUGCAGGAGCAGCUUGUGAAGAAGAAGUCAAGAGACGACGUCAUUGAUUUCAAAGAAGAACAACCUCCUCCCAGUGACGGGAAGAAUCUCUCAACUACCCAGAAGUCUGAUGACGGAGGUGGGAUGUAACUUGCUGAUGUACCUGCCAGCAGCAACUUCCACUGGUUUGUUCCCAACAUGUUGUCCGCUGCUGCUGCCAGUCCUGUAUCACUGUACUGAGAAAUUUAGUUGCUGAAAAUGAAAACCAAAGUUUACCCAGAAGAGACUCUUGUUACUGUGACACGUCACAACUUAUUUGGUUUGAAGACUUUUGUAAAACUACUUUUUACUGUAGUCUGAUGCACUUAUGAACCGAAUUUUAAUGAUUGUGCUUCCUGUAUUUUAAUAACUUGUUACUCAGUAAUAAUCAGUCUUAUUAGAUAUAUAUUUUUCUACACAUCUGUUUGAUGACCUUAUAGCAGUGUUACUACUACUACUUUAUAUACAGCUGUGGACUUAAACUUAUAAAAUACAUGCUCCAUAAGCUGAUUUAUAUUGUAAAUGUAACUGCUAUUUAAGGGAAAUAUGACUCAUAUUCAGUAACAAGCCCGAAAGAAAAGCCAAAAACAAUUUUUUCAUCACAAUUAUCAACGAGGCAAAGGGUAACACAAAGCUGAUCUGGGAACACAGUAAGAAUGUUAUGGGAAUUGGUCACAGGCCUAAGAAACAGUUAGAGUUGAACCUGAAUGGUGAAUUGAUACAAGACCCAGCACAGAUUGCCGUGGCCUUCAACCAAUAUUUCAUCAACUCUGUGGCUGAAAUCGUACAGAAUUUCCCUCAGACAACUAUCAAUACUCUUUAAGUAUAUGAAAGUGAGCCUUCCUUCCACAUCACACCCAUCUCUGAACUCAAAACCCAAGCACUUAACAACUCUCUCAAAACUUCAACAGCAAAGGAUAUCAAUGUUAUGGAAUGUAAAAUGCUUAAAUCCCUUAAAGAACAAUUAGCCUCACCCCAUCACACUAACUGUCAGUACUACAGGGGAUUUUACCAACUACCUGGAAAACCGCAAUUGUUAGUCCGAUAUUUAAGUCAGACGACCCACUGACCACUUGCAACUACCGCCCAAUCAGCAUCCUACCUGUGAUCUCCAAGAUUGCCGAGUUAUGUCUGUCAGAGCAGCUUGCCUCCUUCAUCAAUGUUGGUCCAUUCACUCUCCACCCCAUGCAGUUCAGCUUCAGGGCCCAUCACUCUGCUGAAACGGCCAGCUGCUUCUUCUUAAGGACGGUCAGAGCCAUGGCCGACAAGAGGGAUGUGGUUGGCGCUGUUUUCUUAGACCUUCGUAAGGCUUUUGACACUGUCAGUCGACACAUCCUCAUCACCAAACUGUCUGCCUUUAACUUCAACCCACUGACACGCAAAUGGAUUGAGUCAUACUUAAAUGGUAGAAAUCAACAUGUUUCUGUGAGCAAUCAUCGUCCUUCAAUUCUCAACCUUUGCCCUGGAGUACCACAAGGCUCUAUACUUGGUUGCUUCUGUUUAGUCUAUAUAUCAAUGAUCUACCAUCGGUUUGCCUGGAAAUCAACACACUAAUGUAUGCGGAUGACACAGUAAUAUGUUAACAUGCCAGGACGAAACAUCUGUCUGCUGCCAAACUCACCACAGCGAUGGAUCAAAUUACCAACUGGCUAAAUCACUCCUGCCUCCAACUUAACCUCAAUAAAACUGUAGGAAUGUUCUUCACUAAAACUCAAUAUAACAUCAUCCCGAAUAUCACAAUCUCCAGUAAAAACAUCAGUAUUGUUCCACAUUUCAAAUAUCUGUGCGUGAUAGGGUGAAGUUUAAUUUGGCCAAUUUUAAAUACAUCAGAAAUAAACUAUCUUUUAAUGCUGCUAAAUUGUUUAUGGACGCCAUGAUCUCGUCACAUCUCACAUACUGUUUAACAACAGCUCAACAUUACAACCAUUACCAAACUUGUCAAAAAAAACCAUUAAAGUACAACAGUUCACACAUCUACUGAGCUGGGAAGACAUAAUCAAAUGCAAAAUCAAAAAUCCUGUAUAACAUCACUCCUCCCCCUCUCAACUCAUUCAUCAUAACAGCAGUCAAACCACUAGAAGCACCACAAGAGGUGACCUUAUGACCCCAUUCAGAAAAAGAACAUGUGAUCAAUUAUCAUUCUCAGUCAGAGCCAUACAAAACUGCAAUUCACUGCCCGCCAUUAUCAAAGACAUAAAUACAAACUCCACCUUCACCAAACACCUCAAAACAUGGCUAUCAGAUAACUGUAACUGCAAACAUUAACCCCCGUCAAACGAGAUAUGUGACGUAGUCAUUAACUGUUGCUGCUCCAUGCCUUGUAUGUACCAUUUUUUAAUUUGGAUUUUAUUUAACUUUUUUU